GUCUUUCAUGCGCCAAAAAUAUUUUAAUGAGCUGCUAGCAGCAGCUUUCAGCAGCUUCGAGCUGUUUGUAUGACGUCAUUUUUCUGACGGUAUGAUGUGAUUGGAUAAUUCUGAGGCCUUACUGCACAUCCUGAGUUAUCGUCGAAAAUGAACAUGCAUAAGAUGGGACGAGAAAAAUUAUUUUCCUCGCAUUUAAUUAUCAUUAGGAGUGUGCAUUACGUAUAUUUCUCGGCCCUUUUUUAGAUUGCGUAACCGAAGAAAAUGUUCUUUGAAGUUGCAUUGAGGAGGAGCGGAGUGCUGGUCCCUCACUCUCAAAUUAUUUCACCAUUAUUCUCAAGAACUCCUAAUAGCUGUUCUGUUAUAAGUUGCAGAACGUAUAAGAAAAUGCCGUCGAAACCGAAACCGUUUCCCUCCAAACUACAGGACUGGAGACGAGAGCAGAAGAUGCCAGUGAACCCCACGUGGCGAGGCGUCCUGACCGACGGCCCCGACUUCAGCUACACGGACGGACAGCCUGCCCCAGCCCUGGUCAACCAGGUGCGCCGCGCUGACAAACAGAGGCGACUCAUGGAGCGGGUGGUGCAACUGACCUCAGAACUUGACCUGGCCGAGAGGCUGCACGCCGAGCGGGUGGCGAGCGCUGAGCGACAGCGGCAGCAGCUAGCUGGCAGUCGACUCAAGGCCAAGGCGAACAAACCUCUGGAUACCGCGUGAUCUUGGGAUAGCUGGAGCAUGGGUGGUUAUGUGGCAGUCACUUUAUGUGAAAUUGAAUGUGCUAGGUGUACCGCCUCGUGUUUUGUGCGUGUGUGAACCAUGAACGCUUCUUUUGCGAGGCUUGAAUGGUUCUUGGAAUGGAGUUUGCGAGCCUGGGACGUCUGUGAUGAGAACCAACGUGACUUGUGUAGAAUGCUCUCGUGGGAUGGUGUAAUGUCAUGAUCUUUUUGUGAUUUCUGUAUGCUAAAUACGAGCAGUGAACGCGA